AUGCCUCGGGAGAUAAUUACAAUCCAGGCUGGGCAGUGCGGCAACAGCAUUGGCAGCCAGUUCUGGCAACAGCUUUGCCAAGAGCACGGAAUCAGCCAGGACGGAAAUCUCGAGGACUUUGCGACCGAGGGCGGAGACCGAAAAGAUGUAUUCUACUAUCAGAGCGACGAUACUCGGUACAUUCCGCGAGCGAUUCUGGUCGACCUAGAGCCAAGGGUCCUCAACAGCAUUCAAACAGGCCCCUACAAAAACAUCUACAACCCAGAAAACUUCUACGUCGGGAAGGAUGGAAUGGGAGCCGCCAACAACUGGGGAGACGGUUACCAAACCGGAGAAUCGGUCUGUGAGGACAUCAUGGAGAUGAUUGAUCGCGAGGCCGACGGCAGUGACUCUCUCGAGGGAUUUAUGAUGCUACACUCCAUUGCUGGAGGUACUGGUUCCGGACUCGGGUCUUUUCUCCUCGAGAGGUUGAAUGACAGGUUCCCGAAGAAAAUCAUCCAAACCUACUCUGUCUUUCCAGACACUACCAACGCCGGCGAUGUUGUUGUGCACCCUUACAACAGCAUCCUAUCUAUGAGGAGGUUGACACAAAAUGCCGACUCUGUUGUGGUUUUGGAUAAUGCAGCUCUGUCCCACAUUGCAGCAGACAGGCUCCACGUCCAGGAGCCUUCUUGGCAACAGACAAACCAAUUGGUUGCCACUGUAAUGUCUGCAAGCACCACAACUCUGCGAUAUCCUGGAUACAUGCACAAUGAUCUCGUCAGCAUUCUCGCUUCUUUGAUCCCUACCCCAAGAUGCCACUUCCUCAUGACGGCCUACACCCCCUUCACGGGAGACCAGGUUGAACAGGCCAAGACGGUGCGCAAGACGACUGUUCUGGAUGUUAUGCGUCGUCUCUUGCAACCCAAGAACCGCAUGGUCUCCACCAUACCUGGCAAGAAGAGCUGCUACAUCUCGAUCCUCAACGUCAUCCAGGGCGAGGUGGACCCGACGGACGUGCACAAGAGUCUACUGCGCAUCCGCGAGCGACGGCUGGCCACAUUCAUCCCAUGGGGCCCAGCGAGCAUACAGGUUGCCCUGACAAAGCGGAGCCCGUACAUCCCCAUGAGCCAUCGUGUGAGCGGUCUCAUGUUGGCCAAUCACACGAGCAUAGCUACGUUAUUCAAGCGUAUUGUGAAACAAUACGACGGCAUGCGGAAGCGAAACGCAUUCAUAGAAGGAUACAAGAAGACGGCACCUUUCUCAGAGAAUCUCGAUCAGUUCGACGAAGCGAGGCAGGUGGUUAUGGAUCUGAUUGCUGAGUAUGAAGCUGCUGAGGACGCCGACUAUCUGAACCCUGACACGGGAGACAAGGCUACCUCGGCGGAGACAGAUAGACGAGUGGGCUGA